CUGGAGGAGAAUGCAGAAUCCGGAGCGCUCCGGGCGCCUCCCGUCCCGGAGUCGGGAAAAUGUGAAAAGUGGCAGGUGAAAAAUCAGGAAAAAUUGCAAGAAAACUGCGGAAUAUGAUCGGGAUGAUGCUGGGACGGAAGCAGAGCCUCAAAGGUGAGCCCGUCCUGGCCGACUACGGCCCGGACGAGGCUUUCAACGAGAGCGCAGACAUAGAAUGGGUCAAUAUGAUCUGGGUGAGGCGGGUGAUGAGGCUCUGCGCCCUCCUGAGCUUAGCAUCCGUCUGCUGCAACACCCCGAAGACCUUCGAGAAAAUUCCGCCCAUGCAGCUCGUCACCUUCUCGAUUGAUUCCGUGGUAACAUUCUUGUUCACCGCCGAAAUGAUAGCAAAGAUGCACAUAAGGGGCAUCCUCAAAGGCGAAAAACCGUACCUCAAAGACCACUGGUGUCAAUUCGACGCCAGCAUGGUGUUCCUACUCUGGAUCUCAGUUAUCCUGCAAAUCUUCGAAAUCACCGAAAUCGUGCCGAAAUACAGCUACCUCUCGAUCCUCAGAGCACCCAGACCGCUAAUCAUGAUCCGUUUCCUCAGAGUCUUCCUCAAAUUCUCCAUGCCCAAAUCCAGGAUAAACCAGAUUUUCAAACGCUCCAGCCAACAGAUUUACAACGUCACGCUUUUCUUCCUGUUCUUCAUGUCCCUCUACGGACUGCUCGGUGUCCAGUUCUUCGGAGAGCUCAAGAACCAUUGCGUUCUGAACACCACCGAAGUCGGAUCGAUUACCAUCAACAGUCUCGCUAUACCAGACACCUUCUGCUCCAUUGAUCCUAACUCUGGCUACCAAUGCCCGCGAGGGAUGAAGUGCAUGAAACUUGAGCUAUCGCGCUACAUAAUAGGCUUCAACGGUUUCGACGAAUUCGUGACGAGUUUCUUUACCGUCUACCAAGCCGCAUCUCAAGAAGGUUGGGUGUUUAUCAUGUACAGAGCCAUAGACUCAUUGCCGGGAUGGAGAGCCGUCCUGUACUUCAGCACGAUGAUUUUCUUCUUAGCCUGGCUGGUGAAGAACGUCUUCAUAGCCGUCAUCACCGAAACCUUCAACGAGAUCCGAGUGCAAUUCCAGCAAAUGUGGGGUGUCAGGGGACACAUACAAAACAGUUCAGCUUCGCAAAUUUUAACGGGAGACGAUCGUGGUUGGAAGUUAGUCACUUUGGAUGAGAACAAGCACGCCGGUUUAGCACCGGAGAUUUGCCACGUAAUACUGAGAUCACCGCAUUUCCGUCUUCUAGUGAUGUGCGUGAUCUUAUCCAACGGAAUAGUAACUGCAACCAUGACUUUUAAGCACGACGAGCGACCGCGCAGCGUUUUUUACGAAAGAUACUAUUACAUAGAAGUCGGUUUCACUGUCCUCCUCGACUUUGAAACAAUGUUCAAGAUCUGGUGCUUGGGAUGGAGAGGUUAUUGGAAGCAUUCCAUACACAAAUUCGAGCUUCUUCUAGCGGUCGGAACUACGAUCCAUGUGAUACCUUACUUCUACAUGACAGGUUUCACUUACUUCCAAGUCUUGAGAGUGGUGCGUUUGAUAAAAGCCUCUCCGCUCUUAGAGGACUUCGUUUACAAAAUCUUCGGGCCUGGAAAGAAGCUCGGAAGCCUAAUCAUCUUCACAAUGUGCCUCCUAAUUAUAUCUUCGAGCAUCUCGAUGCAACUGUUCUGCUUCCUGUGCGGAUUCGCCAAAUUCGAAACGUUCAUCGAAGCUUUCAUGUCCAUGUUCCAAAUCUUAACGCAAGAGGCUUGGGUCGAGGUCAUGGACGAAACCAUGCUGCUGACGCAACCGACUUUAGCUCCUCUAGUCGCACUGUAUUUCAUUCUUUACCAUCUCUUCGUAACAUUGAUCGUGCUCAGCUUGUUCGUCGCCGUGAUUUUGGAUAACUUGGAGUUGGACGAAGACAUCAAGAAGUUGAAGCAGUUGAAAUACCGAGAGCAGAGCGCCGAAAUCAAGGAAACUUUGCCGUUCCGAUUGAGGAUCUUCGAGAAGUUUCCCGACAGCCCUCUCAUGGUCACGUUGCACAAAGUUCCUUCAGAUUUCAGCCUUCCGAAGGUUCGGGAGAGUUUCAUGAGGCAAUUCGUGUACGAAAUCGAGGACGCUGAAAAUUCCGAAAGCGGUUUGAAGAAACUCAACGAGGAGAUCUACGAUUCGAAGAUUAUAUACAGGAAGCAGAAGCCUCUGAAGAUACUGAACAACAGCAUCCCUAAAGUCCGCACGGUCAAUAGCCAAUUAAAGAAGACAUCGGUUGCUCACAUCAUCAACGAUUCCAAUAAUCAACGAUUGAUGUUGGGUGAUUCCUCUAUUAUUCCGGUUCCGGGGAGCAAAGGCCCGCUGAAGCCUCAAGGAACGAUAAAUAGCAUGAAGCAGCUGCGCAUCGAUCCCAAGAAGAACUAUUACAGGUUCGGCUCGAGGUCGAUCCGAAGGAGCGUCCGCAGCGGUUCCAUAAAGCUGAAGCAGACCUACGAGCAUUUAAUGGAAAACGGAGACAUUGGCGUGAAUCGCGUGACGUCGGCGAGAGCCAGGCCGCACGAUUUGGACAUCAAAUUGCUGCAAGCGAAGAGGCAACAAGCGGAGAUGAGGAGGAAUCAACGGGAAGAGGAUUUAAGGGAGAACCAUCCGUUCUUCGAUACUCCACUAUUUGCAGUUCCGAGGGAAAGUAAAUUCCGGAAGAUCUGCCAAUUGAUCGUGUACGCAAGAUACGAUGCCAGAUUGAAGGACCCUUUGACUGGAAAGGAGCGCAAAGUUCAGUACAAAAGUUUACACAACUUUCUCGGCUUGGUGACUUACUUAGAUUGGGUUAUGAUAAUGAUGACUACUCUCUCCUGCCUAUCAAUGAUGUUCGAGACUCCUUACAACAGAGUGAUGGAAAAUUACAGCCUGCAAAUCGCCGAAUACAGCUUCGUCAUUUUCAUGAGCAUAGAGCUAGUGCUCAAGAUCCUAGCAGACGGUUUAUUCUUCACACCCAAAGCCUACAUAAAAGACUGCGCUGCGAUUCUAGACGUUUUCAUUUAUUUAGUGAGCUUAGUGUUUCUAUGCUGGAUGCCCAGAAAGGUUCCCGCUAAAUCCGGAGCUCAAAUGUUGAUGAUCUUGAGAUGCUUACGACCUUUGCGGAUAUUCACGCUUGUUCCUCACAUGCGUAAAGUCGUCUACGAGCUGUGCAGAGGAUUCAAAGAGAUCUUACUCGUAUCGACGCUCCUAAUCCUACUCAUGUUUGUCUUCGCCAGUUACGGAGUGCAACUGUACGGUGGAAGAUUGGCCAGAUGCAACGAUCCGACUAUUACGAAACGCGAAGAUUGCGUAGGCGUUUUUCUGCGACGCGUUUUCGUUACCAAAAUGAAGAUGAAACCGGGAAUGAACGAGUCUUAUCCUUCCAUGCUGGUACCGCGCGUCUGGGCCAACCCCAAGAGAUUCAACUUCGAUAACAUCGGAGACGCAAUGCUCGCCUUAUUCGAAGUGUUAUCUUUUAAAGGUUGGCUUGACGUUAGGGAUGUUUUAAUUAAAGCUUUAGGACCGGUCCACGCCAUUUACAUACACAUCUACAUCUUUUUGGGAUGCAUGAUUGGUUUAACUCUGUUCGUCGGUGUGGUGAUCGCUAAUUACUCCGAGAACAAAGGCACAGCUCUUCUCACGGUCGAUCAAAGGAGAUGGUGCGAUUUGAAGAAGCGUCUGAAGAUCGCUCAACCCUUACACCUACCCCCGAGACCGGACGGAAAAAAGUUCAGAUCAUUCAUUUACGACAUCACGCAGAACUUGAAGUUCAAGCGAUUUGUAGCAGUGAUGGUCUUAAUCAACAGCUCCUUACUGUCAGUCGCACAGUGGAAUAAAGACGCGCAUUACACGGAUUACUUAGCCGGCAUCGAUAUAUUCUGCAUCACGAUUUUCGUGAUUGAAGUCGUCAUGAAGAACAUCGCUUUUACACCGAGAGGAUACCUUCAGUCGCGCAGGAACAGAUACGACCUUCUGGUCACGGUUACCGGCGUCAUCUGGGUCUUCUUCCACGCGGCUUUCAAGAACGAUCUGUCUUACUUCAUCGGUUUCAUGGUCGUCAUCCUGCGCUUCUUCACGAUCACCGGGAAGCACGCGACUUUGAAGAUGUUAAUGCUGACCGUCGGUGUGUCCGUGUGCAAAAGCUUCUUCAUCAUUUUCGGAAUGUUCCUCCUGGUCUUCUUCUACGCGUUGGCCGGUACGAUUAUCUUCGGCACCGUUAAAUACGGGGAAGGCAUCGGGCGAAGAGCGAACUUCGAGUCUCCAGUUACUGGUGUGGCGAUGCUUUUCAGGAUAGUGACCGGGGAGGAUUGGAACAAGAUAAUGCACGAUUGCAUGAUACAACCGCCUUACUGCACGGAAGCGGAGAACUAUUGGGAAACCGAUUGCGGAAACUUCACCGGCUCUCUGGUUUACUUUUGCACUUUCUACGUGAUCAUAACUUACAUAGUUUUAAACUUGCUCGUGGCUAUUAUCAUGGAGAAUUUCUCUUUGUUCUACUCCAACGAGGAGGACGCUUUGCUCUCUUACGCGGACAUUAGGAACUUCCAGAACACCUGGAACGUCGUGGACAUCCAUCAGAGAGGCGUCAUCCCCGUGAGACGUGUCAAGUUCAUCUUGCGUUUGCUGAAAGGUCGUUUGGAGGUUGAUCCUCAAAAAGACAGACUACUCUUCAAGCACAUGUGUUAUGAACUGGAGAGGCUGCACAAUGGCGAAGACGUUACUUUCCACGAUGUCAUCAAUAUGCUCUCGUAUCGAUCGGUGGAUAUAAGGAAAGCCCUGCAACUCGAGGAGCUUCUGGCCAGGGAGGAAUUCGAAUACAUAAUUGAAGAGGAAGUGGCAAAGCAGACGAUACGAACGUGGCUCGAGGGUUGCCUCAAGAAAAUCCGCUCAACGAACAACAAACAGAACAGUUUAAUAGCUGGUUUGAGAGACACCAACGAAUUCCUUCCGAUCAUGGACAAAAUUGUAACGAACGAAGAGAUUAAGAACAACACCCCAGAUAAAGAGGCCGAAGUGGAGAAGGAGAACGAGAAGAAGGCUAAACCCAUCGUUAGAUCGGAGAGUAUUGAAAGUGGAUGCGGAAGGAAGAUUCUUGUAACAACUUUAUCAGAUCCAUCGUCGAGAGUCGUGGAGAAACAGCAAAUCACUACAAAGAAGAAAAAUAACAGACCUCCUGUUGCUGCUGUUAAGAAUUGGGGACACUACAAUGAAGCACCAGAAACUAGCAGACUGCCAAGAGAAGUAAUUAACAAUAAAGCAGCCGUUCCGAAGGUGUCUCAUGCAACGCACGAAAUUAGGGAUUGGUGGAAUGAGCAAUUGAACUAUGCUUCAGAAUCAAGUGACGAUGAUUGAUGAUCAUACUAAUGGAAUGAUGAUAUAUUCUGUAUUGAUGUUAGUAAACAAUCUCUAAAGAAAACUGCAUGAGAUAUCAACUGUAGUUCCAGAAACGCAUCGAUUGCAACAAGAUGUGAAAUGGAGAAACUACUACUUGUUUAACUAAUAGAUAUUUGUAUACUGUGGAUCUGUAUAAAACGAUGUUAUGAAUAGCAAAAACAUAAAAAAGAAAGGGUAAUAACAUUAA